UGGAUGUAGCAUUUGUACAAAUAGUUGAGAAUAAAAAAUAUGCCUUGAUAAAUGGAUAACUUGCUCUGCUCAACUAUUUAAAAUAUACAACCUCACGAGCCAUAAUCAGCGCAUAACCCACCAAAUUCCACAUCCCCAAGAUACCAGUCCACAGGCGUGUGUCAACAUAUCCACAUCGAGCAAAGAGCAAAGUCAAAAUUUACUUUGUCCCUACCCUGAUAGACUUUGCACUGGCCGCACCCUAUCACGGAGAGCAUGUGUUUUUUUCCUGAACACAUUGUAUGUCAGGAUUUGUUCUGUAUAUUCACGUGACUAGCUUCAUGCGCAGAUUCUGAAAAUGCUGUUGGUGUGGGCAUCCCUUUGUCUCAUCGCUGGUUUUCCACAAGCCAUACACGCUGGGAAUGUUCUCGUGUGGCCAGCUGAUGCGAGUCACUGGUUCAACAUCAGAGUCAUCAUGGACGAACUCAUUGAGCGUGGACACCAGGUCACCGUGAUUGUCCCCACUGGGGCGAUGUUCAUGAAAACCGAGGACUUGGGUCACGUGCAGCACGAGCUCCUCAAAGUCAACUACACAAAGGAAGGGCAGGAGCUCAUUAUGAACGAGUUCUUUCAGUUUUGGAUUUUCGAAUUCUCCAAACACUCGUACUGGGAGAUCUACAAGCGGCACUCUGCGGUGAUGGCGGAAAACCAAAGGGUCGCCAAGGAAAUGUGCAUGGCGUUGACACGCGACAAGGACCUGAUCUCUCGUCUGCGGGAUAGCCACUUCCACGUGCUCCUAGCCGACCCAGUCGCAGUGUGUGGUGAUGCGCUGGCUCUAACACUGGGCAUCCCCUACGUCUACUCACUGCGCUUUUCACUGGGCUAUGUGGCUGAGCGCUACUGUGGGGCGAUGCCCGCGCCUCCAUCCUACGUGCCCGUGCCCCUGUCUGAUCUCACGGACCAGAUGCACUUCUGGCAACGAGUGCGAAAUACAGCGAUGUACGCAUUUACCGACGUACUGACUUUCCUCAUGGCCAGAGAGUUGAACAGAGCUUACAGUGAAGUGCUAGGAGAAGAAACGACAAUCUGCCAGGUGAUGAGCGGCGCCGAGUUCUGGCUCAUCCGGAACAACUGGGACCUCGACUUCCCACGCCCGUUCCCCCCGAACUUCGUUUUCGUCGGAGGGCUCCACUGCAAGCCCGCAAAGCCCUUACCCAAGGACUUUGAAGAGUUUGCGCAGAGCUCAGGUGAGCACGGCCUCAUUGUGUUCUCGCUGGGGUCCAUGAUCAAAUACAUGCCUUUGGAGAGGGCUGAAGUAAUCGCCUCUGCACUGGCUCAGCUCCCACAGAAGGUGGUGUGGAGAUACGAGGGGGAGAAGCCAUCUUCCCUGGGCUCCAACACUAUGCUGGUGCCCUGGCUGCCACAGAACGACUUGCUGGGCCACCCGAAGACCUGCGCCUUCAUCACGCACGGCGGGACUAACGGGGUCUACGAGGCAAUCUACCAUGCUGUCCCCAUGCUCGGCUUCCCGCUUGUUGGCGACCAGAAGGACAACCUCCUAAGAGUGCAGAUGCGUGGGGUUGCUAUCGUGCUGGACAUCAACACCGUCACUGCCCAGGAGAUCCGAGAUGCAAUCGGCUUGCUCAUCAACAACAGCAGCUACCAAGAGAGCAUGGAGCGCCUCUCGCGCCUCCACCACGACCAGCCCGAACGACCGAUAGACCGUGCGGUGCACGCGCUGGAGUUCGUGAUGCGUCAUGGCCACGCGCGCCACCUGCACACAGCAGCGCAUCAACUCGCCUGGUAUCAGCUGCACUGCCUGGACGUGGUGGCCUUCCUGAGUGCUGCUGCAGGGUUUGCCCUCGCGCUGCCCGUCCUCCUCUGCUGCCUGUGCUGCCACCACAGGAGGGCGGCCAAAGUGGCAGGAAAGAAGAACAAGAAGGAGUGAGGGGAGCCGGGGUCACUGUUUUGUCUCUUAUAUGAAAAUCAGUAAUUUCCUUGGACAGAAUUGAGUUAAUUGAAACACAAUAACACAAUAAUAGGUAUUCUUUGGGUCUUUCGGUAAAAUCAUGUACAUAUGGUCAAAAUAAUAAAAGAAAAAAACUUCGACGUUUCGAUCGCAACACAAGCAACUGUCAUGAGGAGGACAAAAGGGGGGAAAGCUACUCAAGGCAAGCUAUUUUAAAGGUUUAAAAUGGGCGUAGCCCAAGUGUCAGAACGAAGUGGGUGGGGCACAAGUGCCGUGAAGUCGUAAUUGGCUGUGAUGUUCCAAAUUUGUCACCUUCCGAUGUUAGUUUUAGUUUACUAAAGAUGGGACCUCCAGGACUCAUGUCUAACCUUCCCUUGACUCCCAGAUUUUACAUUAACAUGUUAAUUUCUUACAUUAACAUAACCAUCUCCACUUGUAAUUAAAUGUCACGCUCUUUUCGAAAAUAACGUAGGUUUUGCUGAAAACAUACUAUAAAAACGUACAUUUGUCGAAAACACUAUUUAAAAGAACAUGUAUAAAAUCCAAUGCUUUGGGGAAGAGAUAUUUUUGAUAGCACAGAGAGGCCAGAGAGAUAGAGGGGAUAAAAAAACGCUAAGAUGCCAGCUAGCAACCUCAGCAAAGAUGAGCGUUUUGAAUUAUAUAAAUUAAAAAAG